GAAUCUUUUUGGCUGUCCUCUGUGCCAGAGGCUUGCAGGAUCCUCAGAUCAGCUCAAUGAACUCCUCAUCUCAUGGCUUUAACAUGUCGACUGGCCUGAGAAGUCGAGACUCUUACAGCACAGCUGUGGCCAAAAAUGUGAUCGUUCUGACUCUUGGCCUUAUCAUCAACUAUAUCAACGGUGCCCUGAUUCACACCAUCCGAAAACACCAGAUAUUUUAUAUGAAACCCCAUUAUGUCCUCUUCAUCCACCUGGUGGUGAACGAUAUGAUCCAGCUGGCCACAACAAUAAGUCUGUUUGUCUCAAUUUAUAUAUUCUACAAAAUUAAUGUCUCCCUUUGUUGCCUCAUCAUUACCGUUGCCGUCUUCACCACCCUCAACACUCCGCUGAAUCUGGCUGUGAUGGCGGCGGAGUGCUACAUCGCUGUCUGCUUACCACUGCAGCACGCCAAGCUGUGUACCAUCAAAAGAACGCACAUUCUGAUUGGUUUGAUUUGGGCCGUGAGUGCACUCUCAGCCCUGCCAGAUGUGUUCAUUACUCUGGCAACUGAGCCUGUACAGUUCUUUUAUUCCACCAUCUUCUGUGAAAAAGAUAACCUGUUCCAACAUCCUUUGCACUCAAAAAAGAGGAACGUUUGCUACAUCAUUUAUCUCGUUGCUGUUUGGCUCACUCUCUUCUACUCUUACUUCAAGAUCUUCUUAGCUGCUAAAAAAGCUAAAGCUGUUAAAUCAGGUAAUGGAGACACAAAGAAGGCCAGGAAUACAAUCCUGCUGCAUGGCUUCCAGCUGAUGUUAAGUAUGUUAACUUAUGUAGCCCAUUUCUUUAUAAAGGCUCUGGUUUACUUCUUUCCCACACAUUAUUUACAAAUAGUAUUUGUUUGCUACAUCCUCAUCCAGAUAUUUCCCAGGUUUGUCAGUCCUAUUGUGUACGGCCUACGAGACAAGACGUUGAGACAGUAUUUGAAAAAGCAUCUGCUGUGCCAGUGAGAGCGAGUGUCAAACCAUGCACUGCAGGUAGCAGAUUCAGCAGCUGCAUGUGGCUCACAUCACACCUCCUCCACAGGUGGAGGUUCUCAGUUUUCAGGCUGUUGUAUUAGAGCUCAAAUGCCUGGGCUCUUACAACUCAGAUUCCAAAAAGGUUUGGAUGCUGUGUGAAAUUUCAAUAAAGACAACAAAUAAACUGUUUA